AUGGCGCUGCUCUCGCGCGUACCCCUCACAUUCGCAUUAUCUGGCGCUGCCCUCGCCGCGGCGUCGUUCACGCUCGGCGCUUUGCUCAAUCGGCGGCACGGUUUGCUGCGCCUCAAGCUCAAGCUCCUCGCACGUGCGAAGCGCACUCUCGUGCUCUCGCGUGUGCGCGUGCCACGGUCGCUGCUGCCGCCUAGCUCCUCCUUUGUCAGUGAUGCCGAGGGCCUCGUGGACUGCGACGUGCACAUCUUGGAUGGGAAGAUCUCCGCGAUCGACGCCGGUCAAACCGUGGGUCCAAAGUGUGACGCGGGAGGCAGCAUUCUGCUCUCCUGCUUCACGGACGCGCACACCCACAUGAUCAAGACGCACGGCCACCCGCGCACGCGCAAUCCAACGGGCAGCAUCAACGACGCUCUGCGGGUGGAGCUCAUUGAUCAGGAGGCAAACUGGCUAUCGGAGGAGGACGUGUACCGCCGCAUGGACUUUGCCAUCGCGACCGCUUACCACUAUGGGACGCGCGCGAUGCGCACGCACCUCGACGGCACCAACAGCCCGGACGCGCAGCUGCGCGCCACCGUGUACACGGCUUUCACCAAGCUGCGCGCCAAGUGGGCAGCCAAGGGCGUCUGCCUCCAGGGCGUGGCCAACCUCUACCUGCCGCUGUGGGGUAAGCCCGCCCUCGCUGAGCCCCAUCUGGAGGAGGCGAUGAGCCAUGAGGGCGUGCUCCUCGGCGCCUACUGCGGCAACGUCAACGGCACGCCGUUUGCCGAGACGGAGGCGCACCUGGACGCACUCUUCGCGUACGCGCACGCGCACGGCGUGCAGGUGGACUUGCACAUCGACGAGACCAACGACCCACAGUGCUGCUGCCUGCAGCCCCUCGUGCACUGCCUCCGCAAGGCGCGCGCCAACGGCUACACGAAGCCCGUGCUCCUCGGCCACCUCACGGCGCUCUCGCUGCAGACGCCGGCUGUGCAGCGUGAGGUGGUCGCGGGCCUCGCGGCCCUCCGCCCGCUGACGGUCAUCGUGCACCCGGCGACCAAUCUUGGCUUGCAGGACCGGCGCGGCUCGAUGCCGCCGCACUGCGUGGAGAUCGAUGCCGACACGCCGCGCACGCCGCAGUGGCGUGGCCUCACGCUGGUGCAGGAGCUCGCCGCGGCGGGCGUGUGCGUCGCCGCGGCGAGCGACAACGUGCGCGACUGGUGGCACCCGUAUGGCGACUACGACGGGCUGCAGAACUGGAGGAUGGCGAUCACGCUCGGCCACCUCGACACGCUCGACCGCAUCGUCCUGCGCAGGGGCCGUGUGCAGGAGUCGACGCUGCCGAGCUACGGGGAGCUUGACGACCUGGUGAGCGCGCCGUCGCUCGUGCAGCCCCAAGGCUCAGGCACGGUGAUGAUGGACCUCUCGGUGCAGCGCGGCGCGACGACGGGCGCCAAGUGA